AUGGAAAUCUCUUCAGAAGUAUUACUCUUACUCGGGCCUGGUUCAACGAAACGAGCUGGGUCUUCUACACCAGCCAACCCAAUCCAAACACUCGUGGAAGCCUUGGAGAUGUUAAGACUUGCAAAAUACUUCAUUGUCACCUUUCAUCCGAAUUUAUCAGCUCAGAAUGAUGGCCGCGUUAGGGAUCUUCGCCAACUCAAUAAUGAUGUGUAUCCUCUUGUUACGGGUCUGGGCUUUAUGGGGCGAAAGUAUGGCCAUGGUGUUGAUCGCCUUGCUCUUAGUCUUCGCAAGCUCACAACUCCCUCCAGCUUGCUCGUGGGGAAGACAAUACAAUGCCUGGCCUUCUUACCGUUGUGUGACCACAUCAUCGUCGUCCGCUUCGGCUCAUUGGGCCAGCUGUUUAUAUCGAGUUUGACAUACGAAUCAACGUUGUUUUUGCUCACAUUAGUCCCGGGCAUGGAGCCUCAACCGAAGAGGGGCUGGCACUCCUAUAAUGACCCUUAUGACAAGGGAUGGAGCGUGGUAUUUUUGUACUAUAACAUCCGCUGGAACCUCGAUUCGAAGGACUCAAAUGGCAGCUCUCCUUUCACAGUUCUUUGUUGCCAUGAUCUCGUGCACAUGCUGUCGCUUGCUCCUCCGACUUCGCGGGUUCAUACCCCAGAGAUCAAAGUACACGGUACGAAGGAACAGCCAGGGCAGCAUAAUGAAAUAUCGCUGCAGCCUUAUACCCCAAGAAAGAAUGACUAUCUCACGACACUUGCUACUUCAGCCACCUCUUUCGAUCGUAUGUCUCUUAAAACUCCGGUCUAA